AUGCAAGACUACGAACAGAAAGAAAUUUCCAGCCCAUCAUCAUCAUCGAUAAACCGCAAUGUUACUAUUGAACUGUGUAGCCAUGUCGGGAAGUAUUUGAUGUUCAACUUUACCUUCAACUCAGGCAAGUUCAGUGGUUGGAUGGCACAACCCCAGGUUACUUCUGAAUGUUAAAACGAGAGCCUCUUUUAUUUUGAUAGGUUUUUUGUUUCUUUCACUGUCUGGUCGUGACCAGUGGCAAAAAAACGUUUUCCAUUGUAAUUGGGCAUGACAUGACAAGCAGCAAGAAGUGAAUCCUAACAAAUUCUCAUGAUAAAUUCGAUUGUUUUUUUUCUUUUUAUUCUUUAUUUGUACAUGUAAUAUUUAAGAUGUGAAAUGAAGAUAUUGUUAACUUUAAUUGUAUUGGUCAGAAAAAAAUUAAAUACUGUUACCAUGCAACACAAUUCUAAAGGAGUUCUUUUAAGUCCCAGAGCAUGCUGUGCUGCAUAUGUUCUGCGAUUGCUUUUAGUAGACUAUCUUUAAUAUCAAAUCUGUUCUUACCAGAGAUGUAUUUAGUCCAGUUACGUGAUGCCUAAGUCAACUCAAAGAGUUUACUGUGUUUCAAGUAGUUCCCACCCUUUGCCCACAGUUACUACCUCGAACUACAUCGCAAGUAGCAUUAGUGAAAAGAAGACAAAUGAAGGUGAACACGUUUACUUUCACAAUGAUCGUACUAAUUCUGUUGUGGUCGCAAAGUGAGUAUUCAACUUUUUUCAAACCUUACCAAAAGCCACGUUGGCAUAAAAAUUAUGGACCUGACUUUGGCGGAGCUAGAGAAGCAACUAGUUUAUUUAAGACUUAAUCGUAUGUAGUGCUUUAUUGGAAAAGAAUGGGCAAAAAAUCAAACAAUAAACAAUUUAAUCCGACGGAUCUAACAUCUUUCAAUCAGUCAGCUUAUCAAUCUGUCAGUAAGUUAAUUAGUCAGUUAGUCAGUCAGUCAGUAAGUCAGUAAGUCAGUUAGUCAGUCAGUCAAUCAGUCAGUCAGUAAGUCAGUCAGUCAGUCGGUCAGUCGGUCAGUCGGCCAGUCGGUCUGUCUGUCGGUCGGUCAGUCGGUCGGUUAAUCAGUCAGUCAGUCAGUCAUUCAACCAGUCAGUCUUUCAGCUGGUCAGUCAAUCAGUCUUUUAGUAUGCAAGUCACUGAGUGAGCUUUUUAUCAACACAAGCAAAAAUAAAUAAUUAAACUGAUUCUACAUUAAGUAAACAUUUGUCCUCAUUUACAAAAUUUUCGUGCAGCCUUAGAGAGCUCGUCGUCGCUUGAGUAGCCAACUGUCUUAAAAAACGGCUUUUUUCCAGGCACCGUAGAUUCAUCGGCCAAGGGACUUGACUUCGUGAUAUUAAUCUCAUCUCUGACAGUGCAGUGUUUAAGUUUAAUAAUCCUCGGUAUUACCUGGACACUCCGACGGAAGAGACACCAAGAAAACGGUAA